AUGGCCAAGCGAGGUGCACACAAGCAGUUGACAGACCAGUCAGUAUCCGUCUCACUAUACCUAGACUUGGACAGCGUCGCUGACGGAUCAGAAUCGCACCUCGUCCACGCGUUGCUCACAGGAACUGGGAGCGAGAUGCCAGUGAUGACGAGGACAAAAACUCGACAGGGGUCAGUUGUCACUUGUCUCGUCGUUUCUGACUUCACAUAACUGAUGACUUGCUUUCUGUGGCCUCACCUCCCCCCAAAAGUCUGGCGAAGCUGGCUUCAAGACCGCCGCACCCGAGGCUCUAGCUGGGCGAAGGUAUGCACCACCGUGCAAGGCAAGAAAGACUUCAUGCCCACCCAAGAUUAAUUCACCACAGGAUCCGAGGCUUGCCUCAACGCAAGGGGGCUGGGGGACCCACACCAGCGACGGCGACGGCGACGGCGACCUCCACUUCCUCGGCAGCUGCCCCGGUCAGUUCUAGCUCAGCAGAUCGUCUCACAAUCGCACUUGCUCCAAACGACCAGUCCCACUCACUCACCACCAUCGUUGACUCCUCCAGACACCAUCACCUUUUCCCAGUUUCUCCGGCUUCGGCGCCGCUCCGGUGAUUCCUACCUCGAACCCGUUUGCUGGCUUCGGCUCGACUCCCACCGCGCCCUCGACCGAGGAGACACCGGCAAAACCGAAUCCAUUUGCCGCCACGACCUUUUCGUUCGGCUCCACAGCUCCAUCUUCAGAUACUACAGCCAAUAAGCCCGCCCCGCCCGCCCCGCCCGCCCCGCCCGCCCCUUCGGCGGCCCCGUCGACCGGCUUCUCUUUUGGCGGAUCCUCGUUCGGUGCGAGCUCAACCACGACGCCGUCGACCAUAGCACCUUCUUUCGGUAGUGGAUCCAGCUCGGCGUUCACAUUUGGUUCGACUCCCACACAACCUGAAGCAACGAAGGCUUCUACCAACGGGGGCUCGGAUACGACAACACCCGCUCUGACCUAUUACCUCGGUCUGCGCGGUCUCAACAUCUCGCUCCUCGAUGCGCUCACCAAAGAGAUCGACGCCGAUCCCUUCAUGAACUUGGCCCGCCAGGGAUUCGACGCGAUGAAGCAAAAGUACGAAUCCCUUCGAAACAAGAUCGAAGCCGACUAUGUCAACGCUGGCGGCAAGGUCGACGCGAACGGCUUCAGCGCGGCUUCGACAUCUUCGACUUCGACUUCGACUCCUGCUUUCUCCUUUUCUUCCAGUUCGAGUUCGACUCCUGCUGUCUCCUUUUCGACCGCAUCCUCCGAUCCGGCUCCAGCCUUUAGUCCUGCUGCAGCUCCGAGCUUCUCAUCCUUCACAUCACCUCCGGCGCCCGCUGCUGUCGCUUCUGCGCCAAAGACCGCGGAGGAAACAUCAAACUCCACUGCUCCUGCCGUCGCGGCACUCGCCCCACCUGCUCCCCCCGCAGCGUUCUCCUGGGGCGGCGAUGUCGUCAAACCCACACCUGCGACUUCAUCGCCGUCUGCGCCCGUUACCGGCGGAUUCGUCUUCAAGCCCUACGCGGCCAAGAACGGUGACGUCGAAAAGAGUGGGUUCUCGUUCCCGAGCGGAACUGCACCUCCGGCUGCCGCUCCGUCCACCACCUCGUCUGCCACAACCGCCUCGUCCUUUUCUCUAACAGCGGCGUCCAAACCAUCCCAGGACGGAUCUGUAGCGAAGCGCGUUAGCCAACUUGCCAACGCACCGGCGGCUCCGAGCCCACUGCGAUUCGGCGAGAGUGUUUCACCACCGCUGUCACCCGUCAGGGACGAAGCGGAAGACUUGAACGAGGCGGAGAAGAAGACCGCGGACGCGGAGGUACCAAAGAAGGAUUACUCGACCGUCGCACCACCGGCACCCUUCUCCUUUGGCGGUUCGUUUGGUUCCAUCGCCAAGAGCGGGACCGAAGUGGCCAAGGACAAGCCUGAGACAAGUACCCCGGCGUUCUCGUUCGGAAACUCGUCCACUGCUCCAACUUCGACCCCAACCACCACGGGCCCCUUAUCUUCAGCCCCACCUCCCGCCUUCUCCUUCAACACACCGAUCAAGUUCGGCUCAUCGGCGUCCGCACUCCCCAAGCCUACUGCCUCGCCACCUCUAGCAACGACCUUUGGCGCCGGCUCCCCUCCCUCAUUCGGUUUCGGGGCGGCUUUGGGCAAGCCGCUCUCUGCAUCGACAUCGACAUCGAGCGCAGGCUUCAAUUUCGGCACUGGAUCCACACCCGGGUUCUCAUUUGGUGCUGGGGCACCUGCCUUUGGAGGGACGAGUACGACAGGGUCAUCGUCGUCGACACCCGCGUUCUCCUUUGGAUCUACGGCUGCUUCGUCGACGGCUCCUAGCGCCACGCCUUCCUUCUCUUUCGGUGCCUCCACAACGAGCACACCCGCCCCUCCAGCAUCUACAGAAGCUUCCACCGACGAUUUCAUCCCCACGUCAGAACACGACGAUGGUCUCGAGACGAAAGAUCUCGGACCUGCCGAAGGGGAAGAGGACGAAACGACGUUGGCCGAAGCGCGCGGCAGAGCGUAUGAGAUCGGUAAAGCCGGGGAGAACAACCUUCUUGCUUUGGUCAAUCUUUUCGUGAAGGAGAGGAAAGACGAGGCGGGUAAAGUGGUCAAGAGGUUGUUGGCGAGGAAUGAGACGAGUAAAGCUGUCGUUCUGGUGUGUAUCCGAUGCUUCUCCCCUCGUCCUCAAAAACAAACAGAUCGCUGACGAACAAUUCUUCGUGUGCAGAACUUCCGCCUUCAUUCCGGAUUUACCGUCAAGUUGGAAAAGAUGUUCUUGACGUUUCAAGGCUUCUCAGGCGGCGAUCCCAAGAUCUACAGGGUCCGCUUCAAGGGCGUGACGGAAGCGACCGCGUUCAAGGAGGCGUUGGAAGAGGCAGCGAAGAGUUUGAAGUGA